AUGAUUGGGAACUGGUGGCAUGCCCAAUUUCGCGUCGAAGUGGAGGACAUUCUACGGAACAAGAAUCACAAGGUGCGCCUGGCCUCCUUAAGUCUUUCUCCCGUGAUGGCGUCGGUAAUGGUUGACUUGAAUGCCUUGUUGCUGGCUGGGUUCUUCCUCGCAUCUAAAUCUUAUUGUGAAUUCAGCUCUCGUUUCUUCCUCAGUGCCAGUAUCCUCCGUCAAAGCUUUGAAAUAGAGAAUCUUCGCCUGAAAGUCAUACUGCGGAUCGAACUUGAAAUCCAUCACAAUGAGGUACUCGCAGCUGCCUCCAGGCAUUCCAAAUGGCCAUAUACAGCCUCCCUCAAGCCGAUUGCUCAUUCUAAACUUGAUUUUCUACCGCUGAAGAUUUGUCUCUGUAAGAUCGGUGUGGAAUUCCGUCCAAGUCUGCAAUUGGGAGCUGAUCUCCGCUUCUCGCACCUAGGGAACAGGCGAUUAGGCCGGCCAUGUUCUUGGAAGAGCCUUGAAAGGGAUGGUUUCGAUGCUGCGAUUGAAGCUGUAGAGGAAGGCGAGGAUGGCGAAGGGGUGGGAGCUAAGGAUACUGAUGAGGUCCUAGUUGAGAUGGAAGCUGAAGGAUACGUUACUUACCCCUUCACAAACAAGAACAUUGUUUGCGCUUUCAGGAAAGCACGUAUCCUUUAG